AUGCAGCCUGGGUGGUUCCUCAGCUUGCUGCUGCUGCUGCUGCUGCUGCAGGAGACGCUGCCACACGUUAUUGGACAGCCUGCAAAGAGUAAGCAUCCAAAAGAGCAUGGGGAAAACAAGGUUUUUAGCAAAAAAGUAAAACCUAAACCUCCCAAAAUGAAGGAGAGAGAAUCUGCUGACUCCUCUUUGAAGUCCCACUCCAUACUGACACAGGUGAUGGAUAAAGGUCGUUUCCAGAAACUGGCUGCCACUUUAACCCUGUCUGCAGGACAAAGCAUAGAACUGCGAUGUAAGGGGAGUAAUGUUCUUUGGAACUACCCUUCAUAUUUAGACACCUUUAAAGACUCCAGACUCAGGGUUAUCACAGCAGUAUCUCUAAAAGGAUCUUGUGGCCAAUUAAAACCGCUUCUUUUGGCAAGAAAUGCUGUUCUGUCUGGAUUUAUUUCAGUAGGUGGCGUUUGUGAGCCGCAGUACAGACCUGGCCUCGCAGCAAGCCAGAGCUGUACGUGCAAACCGACAGGGAGCGUGUGUGUGCUGGGUGGGUGUCGUUCUCUAAUAGGGUUUGAGAGAGACACGCUCUCCGCUGCAAG